GUCAAGGGGGCGACUAUCUUUCUCUGCGCGCAAACCCAAACGAGCCCCUGAAUUAAAAAUAAAAAAGAAGCCAAUGAAAAAAUCCUUCACGGAUAAGCAAACUCCUUCGCGUUCCCUCCCCUGUGUUGUCAUCGAAAGGAAUGUUACUCCGCGUAGCAGACAGUUAACAGCUUCAAAAUCAAAAGUCUCCUUAUUUGUUUGGUGUAUAAGUUGCGCGAUUGGCUUGUCUUCUGAUCUUGUUCGAUCAUGUCGGUCCUCGAUUCCUUCUUCAACAAAGGCUUUAAAGCAGCUAAAUGUAAAACCCUACUUAAAUUGACAAUUCCGCGAAUAAGGUUGCUUAGAAACAGGAGGGAGAUUCAGAUAAAGCAGAUGCGUCGCGACAUUGCUAAGCUUCUUGAGACUGGUCAAGAAGCAACUGCUCGUAUUCGGGUAGAGCAUAUAAUAAGAGAAGAAAGUAUGAUGGCUGCUCAAGAGAUCCUUGAGCUAUUCUGCGAGCUUAUUGCUGUCCGCCUUCCAAUUAUUGAGACACAAAGGGAAUGUCCUCUAGACUUGAAAGAAGCAAUAUCGAGCAUUUGUUUCGCUGCACCCAGAUGUGCAGAUCUACCAGAGUUGCUGCAGGUUCAAAUGCUAUUUGCCACCAAAUAUGGGAAGGAAUUUGUAUCAGCUGCAGCUGAACUCAUGCCAGAUUGUGGUGUUAAUCGCCAGUUAAUUGAAUUGUUAUCUAUUCGUGCUCCUUCCUCUGAAUUAAAAUUGAAGCUUCUAAAGGAAAUUGCUGAAGAGCACGAGUUAGAUUGGGAUCCAGCUGCCACUGAAACUGAGUUUUCCAAAGCACAUGAUGAUUUGUUGAAUGGGCCGACACAGUUUGUCAGUGGUUCUAAAUUGCCAUUACCUAAAGAGAAACACGAAACAAUGUCCUCCUCUGCUGAACCAGCAUCCAAUGAACAUCCUGAUACCGGUGCAGAAUUUGACCCACUAGAUUUUCCUGAAGUUCCUAAGGUGUUAGUAAAGCCAAGUCUAGUUGCAUCAGCAUCGGCAGUGACUGCACCUAGGUCACCUGCUUCACACUCGGAAGAAACUGAUUCCGAGUCAUCAAAACAUUCUGGAGUUUCUGAAUAUAAAUUGCAAGAGUCACGUAUGGAACCUGAAGAUUUGUUCCAAGAAAGAUCAGUGUCUGACAAAGACGAAAAGCUGAAUAAGCUUGGUGGGGACAAAGAUAAGCAGUUUGUGCCAUUCACCUCACCCCCAGCGGUUGCUUCUGCAUUAUUUUCUGCCAGACAUGGAAGUUCAUCACUUGCCCCUCUAAGGACAACAAGCGAUGCAAAUGUGGACUUGCAGGAUGUUAUAGCUGCUGCGGAGGCUGCUGCUGAAACUGCUGAGCGUGCAGCAGCAGCAGCUCGCUCAGCCGCAAGUCUUGCACAGGUCAGAAUUGCUGAACUUACAAAGAAAAGGAAUGAUAAGGUCUCUGACAGUACAUGUGAGAAUCCAUUUUAUACAGGUAGUCCUGAACAAUCUCCGAUAAGGGAGAAGCCACAGUUUGGUCAGCAGAACUGUCUUGGUGAUACCAACAAUGUUCUGGAAUCCUUGAGUUGCUCUGAAAUUCAUGAAGGGCGUCAGGAAUCAGAAUCCCCCAACAUUCAUUCUAUUGAAAAACACAAAAUGAGGUUUGAUUCUCCUACUUUGGAUGAGCAUUUUCAUGAUCAUGAUUCCGCUGAUCGCCAGCCACAGAGAUCAACCUCCAUGGAUGAUGAUUCCUAUUUCUCAUACCCAAAUUUGUUUACUUCACAGAAUUCAAAUCUUGGGUCUGGUUCUCAUCAUUUUACAGACAAUACGCGAUCCAAUUAUAUUUGACUCCUUUAAACUUUGUUAAUCUCAUUCCUUAGAUCUUGCUGGUGGGUGGAUUUAAUUUUUUCAAGAUUUCUUGUAAAGAGAGAGGUUUGUAGCGAUUGUAUGAUAUGCCUAUAUUAUGCCUGGUAUUGAUGAAUUUAGCAUAAACAUUUUCCGUU